CUGACCUUCUUCCCGUGAGCCUCAGCGGCCCGCCCCUUCCCGCCUUCCCCCGCGGCGGCGCAGAGCAGCAGCGGCAAGAUGGCGCAGCCGCCGGUUCCUCUCAAGGACAUGAAGCUGAUGGACGUGAAGCUGGGCCAGCUGCCCACCUGGCUGGCCAUGAGAGACUUCACCCCCCGUGGCAUCGUGGGGGCCCUGCGAAGAGGUUACGACAGAUACUACAAUAAAUAUAUCAACGUCAAGAAAGGGGGGGCUUGGUGGUAUCUCGAUGGUGCUUGCUGGUUAUGUUGUUGUCAGCUACAUCUGGAGCUACAGUCACCUGAUUCCAGGUCGAACUUGAUGUGGUCCACGCUGGCGAUGAGCUCCUGCAUGGUGGCGGCUGGGGGGCGGCGGCAGCGGGAAGGAAGGGGAGGUAUGGUGGCGGUGGCGGCGGUAGCGGGUGGCGGCAGUGGUGGCAGCGGGCGGCCGGGCCCGGGCUGGCCCGGCCCGGCCCGCUCCGCUCCUCGCCGGCAGCGCCUGAGCUGGGCGCAAGCUCCGUUUCGUUCCCGCCCCUUCCGUUCCGCGCAGGCGGCGCUGGUUGAGGGGAGCGGGGACCGGGCCCGUCCCGUCCCCGCUCCGCCGCCUCCUCCCGCUGGCUGCGGGCACGCCAUGAGGUCUGUGCGGCUCCUUUUCGCCUCGCGGUGCCGUUGGGUCUCCUCCGGUCUCCCGUCGGGGCGGUGGGCAGGCCCCGAGCAGCCCGGGAAGGCGCCGCGCCUGCUCCGGUCCCCGGGUGAGGGGCCGCUGAACGGCUGGAGGCCGUUCCGCUCCUCACAGGCGUCCUGCAAGCCGCCCGGUAGCGACCUGAGAGAGGGCGAAGCCGGCAGCAGCGCUGAAGCUGUUGGGGAGGAGGAGGAGGAGGAGGAUGAAGGCGUGGAGUUCGGGACGCUGUCUAAUAAAUUUUCUUCUCGAAAAUAUUAUCACAAAACCACAUCACGCUUUCAGAAUUUAAAGCUUCAAGGAGAGGGAGAGGGAGAGGAAGAACCGGAAAGAAAGCCUCGACGCGGUCCCAGGAACACCCCGUAUUGGUACUUCUUAAAAUGCAAAGCCCUCAUCAAAGACGACAAGCUGGCAGAGGCUCUGGAGCUGUUUGAGGUGCAGAUGCUGAAGGAAGAGCGUGUGUGGCCGGAAGAAAGCAAUUACACUGUUCUAAUUGGCGGCUGUGGCAGGGUUGGCUAUGUGAAAAAGGCAUUCAAGCUCUACAAUGAUAUGAAAAAACGAGGCUUAACUCCCACCGAGGCCACUUACACAGCCCUGUUCAAUGCCUGUGCCGAAUCGCCGUGGAAAGACUCCGGCCUGCAGAGCGCUCUCAAAUUACGGCAGCAGCUAAAGAGCAAAAACGAAGAGCUGAACCUGAUCACCUACCAUGCGCUGCUGAAGGUCUGUGCCCUGUGCUCAGAUCUCAGGAUGUGCUUCGAUGUACUGAAGGAAAUCGUGCACAAGGGCCAUGUUCUCACAGCCGAGACCUUCAGCUUCCUUCUUAUGGGCUGCAUAAAAGACAGUGAAAAUGGCUUCCGAUAUGCCUUACAGGUUUGGAAACAAAUGACUAAACUUGGAAUAAAGGGCGACAGCCACACGUACAAUUUGAUGCUGCGUGCUGCGAGAGACUGUGGGAUAGGCGAUCCAGUCGUGGCUUCUGAACUCCUGCUCAGGUCCACCGAUGAGAACUCAUCUCAGCUAAGGCUUGCACCCGGGAGGCAGAAGGAAAAGGUGAAAAAUCGGAGGAAGAAGGGAACUGAGAAUGCAGCUGCUGUCCAGCUAGAUGUGGAAGCCAUGGAAAAGCAAUUAUUUCAGGAGAGUUCAGUGGAGGCUGAAGAACUGAUCCAGCAACAAAAUAAAGAUGUGAAUCAGACUGAAACAGAACCAGCUGCUCUCGGCAGCCCCAACGUAGCUCACAGCAGGAUGGGAGCGUUGACGAGGAGAGGCCAGAAGGAGAUGAAACAGGAACAAGCACGCCUAAGCCAGAAGCUGCAUUUCUGCAACCUGCCCAACUUGCUGGAUUCCAGGAUGCCUGACGCAGCUGUGGUUUCCCUGGGGACAGUGGCCACACCGUCCGAUCGACUGGCUUUGAUGGGGGACGUGGAGGGCUUCUUGAAUAAAAUGAAAGAGGACAAUGCAGAGCCCAACAUUAAAACAUUUACGUUACUGGCUGAGCUGGUGGAGCCCCAAAGCACCUCAGAGUCCUCUUUGCUGGCAUGCUUAGAUGAGUGUAAAGUGAAAGCAGAUGUGACCUUCUUUAACACUUUAAUAAGGAAGAAAAGUAAACAGGGAGACUUGGAAGGAGCAAAGAGUGUGCUGCCAGCCCUAGUGAAGAGGGGACUAUCGCCUAACCUCCAGACCUUUUGUAACCUGGCGAUCGCUUGCCACCAAGAGAAGGAUGGACUGCAGUUACUCUCAGAUAUGAAGAGGUCUGGAGUAACUCCCAACAAGUAUAUCUACAGCACCCUCAUUGCUGCCGCUGUGAGGCAGCUGGAUUACAGUUACCUCACAGAGAUCCUGCGAGACAUGAGGAAUAACCAAGUGCCUCCCAAUGAGGUUAUCAUACGCCAGCUGGAGUUCGCAGCACAGUACCCUCCGAAAUUUGACAGGUAUAAGUCAAAGAACCCAUACCUGGAGAAAAUUGACGGUUUCCGUGGCUACUACUAUCGGUGGUUAAAAGUAAUGGCAGGAGAGGAGACCCCCCACCCCUGGGAAAAAUACAGAACAGUGAAACGUGCGGUAGAUGACAAUAAGGAAGAGGCUGUGCAGGAGCAGCCAGGGCAGAAGUAGCAGCGAGCAGGAUGCUGAAGUCCUGCAUCUUCCUUGUACUUAAAGGACUUGCUCCCUUAAACUGUCUUGUAGUAAAGCUGCUUUGUAUUUCCAUGAACCCAAGUUCUUGUGGUAACUACAUAAUAAAAUACUUGUCCUUUGUUUUAAGGAGAAGCAAA